AGUUCCUGCAGUUUGUCAGAGAUCAGCUGUGCUGUCCAACCCCUCCCAUCUGAGAGAGCUGGACCUGAGUGACAACAACCUCCAGGAUUCAGGAGUGAAGCUUCUGUCUGCUGAACUGGAGAGUCCACAUUGUAGACUUGAGACUCUAAGAUUGAGUGAAUGCAGUUUGUCAGAGAUCAGCUGUGCUUCUCUGGCUUUGGCUCUGAAGUCCAACCCCUCCCAUCUGAGAGAGCUGGACCUGAGUGGAAACAGCCUGAAGGAUUCAGAUGUGAAGCUAAUGUGCAAUGUUCUAGAGAGUCCACACUGUAGACUGGAGACUCUGAGACUGAGUUUCUGCAGUUUGUCAGAGAUCAGCUGUGCUGCUCUGGCCUCAGCUCUGAACUCCAACCCCUCCCAUCUGAGAGAACUGGAGCUGCGAGGAAACAAGUUGCAGGAUUCAACUGUGAAGCUACUGUGUGACCUUGUGGAGAGUCCACACUGUAGACUGGAGACUCUGAGCUGGGAGCCAUUUAAGAUUUGAUAAGCACUCAGUGUGUUUUGAGAGAGGAUCAGCUGUGUCCUGAUGAUCCAGAGAGGUUGAAGCAGCAGCAUCAGCUUGUGUGUGGAGAGGCUCUGACUGGGCCAUGUUACUGGGAGGUAGAGUGGAGAGGAGAGCUUCAUCCAGCAGUGACUGACAGAGGAAUCCCAACAGUGCUGCAGUCUGAACUGCUCUGAGAUCAGCUCCACUGUCAGACACAAAGUCAAGUCCACCAUCAUCCCUGUGUGUUCCUCUGGAUGUGUGGGGUCAAAUUACAAUACACUAUACUAGUAUGCAUUAACCUUUUUAUGUUAAUACAUUUUAUAAUUUUCAUUUUAGGACUAUUGUGAUAUUUAUUCAUUAUUACCUUUGAGAUGUUAAAUCGGUCUGUUGCUGUUUUUUUCUUUCUUUCAUAUGAAUAUCAUGCAAGACAAAAAAAAUAAAAAAUACACCUUUAA